AGUUACGCAGUGACGCUGUUCCGUUUCCAAGAGCAACAAACAGCGCAGCUAACGGCUAACGGCUAACAACAAACAUCUCUUUACAAGCUCGUCCAGAAACACCCGCUCCGGGUCUCGGGCAGCCGGUUCGGUGCCUUAUUGUGCUCGAUGGUGUCACAUUAUUUCAGACCCUGACGUCUUAUUUUACUUUCAUUCGCAGCCAAACAGCCGCUUUUUAUCGCUCUGCCAUGGCUGAUUUUGGGUUCAACGAGCACCACCAGAACGAGGUCAUCAACUACAUGCGCUUUGCUCGCUCCAAGAGGCUCCUGAGACUCAAGACUAUUGACUCCUGCUUUCAGGACCUCAAAGACAGCAGGCUCGUGGAGGAGACGUUUACGGUGGACGAGGUGGCUGACAUGCUGGAUGGUCUGCAGGUGGUGGUGCGCGGGGAAGUGGAGAUGGAGCUGAUUAACACAGCCCACACCAACGUGCUGCUUCUGCGCCAGCUCUUCUCCCAGGCCGAGAAGUUCUACCUGAGGUUGCAGACCGAUAUCUCUGAGCUGGAGAACAGAGAGUUAUUGGAACAAGUGGCCGAGUUUGAGAAGACAGAUUUCAAGUCCAACAGUAAGGUAAAUCAGGAGUCCAGUAAACCUAAGUUAGCCCCACUCAAUGAGGGAGGAGUAUCUGAACUUCUCAACAAGGAGAUUUCCAGACUACAGGAGGAAAACGAUAAGCUGAGAGCUAGACUCCGCACUUUAGAAAGCCAGGCCAUGAGUGCUCUGGAUGAGAAGGUCAAGGCUGAGAGGGCCCUGAAAGACCUUCAGAAGAUCCAGGGAGAUCAACAGUGCGCGUUGCGUGCUCAGGAGAUCUCUAACCUGGAGGACACGGUCGCAGCCAUGCAAGCCGACUUUGAGAAAUCUCUGACCGCAAACGCUACUUCCCAGAAGGAGCUGCAGGAGAGCCUGGUGUUGGCUAAACAUGACCUGUUGCGGGUCCAGGAGCAGCUGUCCCUCGCUGAGAAGGAGCUGGAGAAGAAGUUCCAGCAGACGGCUGCAUAUCGGAACAUGAAGGAAAUCCUAAGUAAGAAGAACGAUCAGAUUAAGGAUCUCAGGAAAAGACUACAGAGGUACGAGUCUGACGAGUGAAGUCUUGCCCCGUGGGACACACCUGCUCAGCGCGACGGGGGGGGGGGGAGUUUAUGGACAGACGCUUUUAACUUUGAUGCUAUACACUACAAAAAGGCAAGGGACCAAAGAACGAAAGAACAGAAGGACUAAAGGGGACUUUAACGCAGUCGCUGCCAGUUCCUCUUCAGAAAAUCCGCCCUUCUGAGUACGGCUUUAUAGCAGAAGUAAUAUUUUUUGCAGGAUAGGGAUGUUAUUUAGGUUCGUCUGUAGUUCUCUCAGCUUGAGACUCUUAAAUGUGUGCAGCUUAUCAUGGAAACAACUCUACCAGUUCAUGUUUUGCACUAAAGUUCAUGCUUAGUUAGCUGAGGAGGAAAUUUUCAUGCCUAAAGCUUCGUUCCCAUCUCUUUCAUGGGGACUCCUUUGACCCUGAGGCGUAAAUCGUUGCCCCUCUUUGGGACCCUUUGUUGUUUUCUUUUUUUCUUGUUCUUUUUAUGAAUUGUUUUGCUAUGUUAAUGAAUCAAUGUUAAUGAAUUAGCAGCGGUAGAUAAGAGUUAUUUGGCCAUGCAGUAGCAGAGUAGAACCACAUCAGUCGAGAACUUUUUCUUUUCAUUUUUGUUGUUUCUUUUUUCUGUUUGUUUCGGCUGUGUUCUUAACUGUAGUUCAUUCUGAGCAGAAACGCGUGUCUUUCUUAUGAGCUUAGUUUAAUAACACUAUGGUGAAAAUUUCUCCUC